AUGAUUGAAACUGGCAGGAGAUCCGCCAUAAGUACAUCUGAGCUAGGACUUUAUUCUGAUCGCGGUGAUCGAUAUAACAGGAGUCGCUACGGUUUAAUUGUGAGAAAACUUGCGAUCGGAGUUAUGAUGGUGAUAACGGUAAUACUGGUGGCGAUAUUUAUGUACGAUUUUACGUCCGCCACGACGGGGAACAGUAAAAUCAAUCAGGAAACAAAACAUAUAUACAUACUACAGAAUGCUCUCAAAAAAUCACCAAAUCUCUCGAAAAAGCCUAUUAACUCCACGAAUUUGUACGAAGUCAUGGUUAAUCGUACGAGCGAUCUUUUAAUGGAAGAUCGCUCGGACGAUGAGAACUAUGAAAGUCUCAUUCAACGGAAUACAACAGGCGAUAUAAUACCAGCCGAGACACGCAUCGUGACAGCGAAUGGGCCCGAGAUGAGAACGCAGAAUCUGCAAAAUUUCAAGCAACGGAAGAGAGUGCUGAAAUCCAUAGAAGAUGCCAAUGAAAAUGAAGAACCCGAGUCCAAGCAAUUGUUCGAUAAUCAUGCGAUUGUUUAUCGUGUGAGACAGAGAUACAAACAUCCGGAUAUGGACGAGAAUGUGAGCACGGAGGAGCUGGCGCGACCCACGCCGUUUCACUGGGAAUUCAAGACGCCGCAUCCGACGUCGUUCAAACGGCCGAGAUAUCCACAGUUGACGCAAUACCGAUACCCAUACGCAUCCAGAAGCAUCCAGGACAUCAUCAAGUAUCUGACAAACAAUGCCGAGAUGCCGAAUCGCGGCAUCAAAUUUACCGGUGUCUACAUGAAUCCGAAGAAGUAUGAUUUGAUCCCCGAUAUGGAGGAGAUGAUGUCCAACAGCGAUAAAUCGGAGGAGAUCGAGACACCUCCAUCAUAUCCGAUCAAAUCGGCGGUGUAUAAUAACGAUCCUUUUUAUCAAUAUAAACCGAAACAUCCAGCUGACGUUAAUCUUUUAGCUACAUCUAAUGUGAGGUUCUCUCCGACUGGAGUACAUCGAUACAGCCCUUAUUAUGAUCCUAUAUAUUCUCGACCUUUAAUCACUUACAACAAACCUAUCAUAACGGAAUCGCAGUACGAAACCACCGGCUCUUACUCGACAAACACUUUAACAAAGAAUCGAAAACCAAAACCAUUCAGCGUGAUGCUUGACAUCUAUCCUAUUACCGAUCUCGUGGAGCAAAAUAAGAAGACAAGUUGGACCAGACCGCAAUCGUCUAUAGAUGAUUACGAUUUCAGAAGACCCGUUCAAUAUCGUGGGCCAAAAUUUUAUGCGUCAUCCCCGCAACCUAUACCUCUCCUAGGUGGACCUAAUCCUACACCUGUAUCGGAAGAAGAAGAAAGAAAACAAAUGAUAUUUCAUUUAAACUUAUAUCCUCGAAGAAAGAAUAAAAUUGACAGGAAUGAUAUCAUACACAAAUCAAAAUCGAUGGAACCUGAGGAGCGGCAAGAAUUUGCGAAGAAAAUAAUGUCUCCCUUAGAAUUGAUCACCAAACAUUUAACUGAUCAUUCCACGGUUGAAGAGUCGAAGUUCAUAAAGAAUUCAGAUAUAGCCAGUCUUCCAAUAUCGCGAUAUCACGAGAUGAGUUUGGACGAAAAGAACGAGAGAAAUGGGGAUCUUGUAUCGUAUAAUGAUUCAGAAAUUUAUUCAGAUUUGGUUAACAGCGAUGGUAUUGUAGGAGAUUCUAUCGUACCUCUCAAUCAUAAACUAAACAUCGACGAAGAUUAUGUCAGCACAGAGAAUUAUGAAAUUAAUGCGCAAAAAUUGAUCGAGACUACAGAGAAAGAUCGUGCGAAUUGCGACAACGCAACGAUGAUUGAUAGAUCGAAAGCCAACACAAAUAAAAGUAUUGAUCUUUUGAAGGAUAUUGAAGGAUAUUGA